UCAUCUGGGCAGUUUAUUUUACGUUAGUGCAGCCGGGUGAUUAUCAUAACCUCACAAAUUUUGAUUUUUUCCGGGCUUUUUCAUAGUUUUUAUUUUGUUUAUGUUUAUUGUUAAUUUUUGCAUCUUAUGUACUUUUUUUAUCACUAAAAUUUGAGUUGUGUCUCCUCUUGUUUUUCUAAUUCAAGAUUUAUUUGAGACUUCCCAGUCAGCUGAAUGAGAAUGUGUGUGUGAGGCGGCAAGAGUGAUUUACGGAAAGACAACUCUGUGGAGAUCGAAGUUCAGUUUCAUUCAUUGCGUCUUCUGGUGCUGACAUUGAUACUAUCGCCUCAGUCUUUUCGACAAUUUUGAAACAAUGUUUUUGCCAAGGAUUGUCAAGAGGAUGUCUCCUCUUUUUGGGAGCAGAUUGUCCCUCAAUGCUUGUAGAUUUGCCUCCACGGAACUCGUAAGGACCGAGGUGGAUGAUAAGACUGGGAUAGCUGUAGUCACGAUGAACAGGAAGCCUGUAAACAGCUUGAAUUUAGAGCUUUUGAGGGAAUUGUCUUCAGCUUUGGAUGCUGUCGAGAAGAAUAAAUCUAGAGGAAUGAUCUUGGCAUCAUCUCUAGAUACUGUCUUUUCAGCUGGUCUGGACAUCACGGAAAUGUACAAGCCAGAUCAAGCACGUCUCAAGGAAUUCUGGACGACUCUUCAGGAAGUUUGGUUGAAGCUUUUUGGUUCCGGAUUUCCCACAGCUGCUGCAAUCAAUGGACAUGCUCCUGCUGGAGGGUGCCUACUGGCCAUGAGCUGUGAAUACCGCGUAAUGAGGCCAAAUUUAACGAUAGGAUUGAAUGAGACUCAGCUGGGCAUUGUGGCACCGUCUUGGUUCAUGUCAACAAUGGAAAACAUCCUGCCACGUCGGGAAGUGGAGUUAGCUCUGACCCUGGGAAAGAUGUUUAGCACUGAGAAAGCCCAUGAGAUUGGUCUUGUUGAUGAAAUUGUAGAUACGAAGGAGGAAGCACUUGCUAAAUGCACGGAAUUCAUUCAGUUGUUUGCAAGAGUUCCCAGAGAAGCCCGUGCUCUCACAAAGCAAUCUUUCCGGAGGGAAGCCCUGCAGAAACUGGAUCGCGAUCAAGAUCUCCAGAUGUUUAUCUACCUAGUCAACCAGCCACAGGUUCAGAAGGGUCUGGGAUUGUAUUUUGAGAGUCUCAAAAAGAAGUAGAAGAUACCAGGGAACGGUAAAAGAAGUUUAAUUACCACAAAUGUUAAUUUUUUUUAAAGAUAUUAUUGCAGCAAUAAAAUUUUACACGAGA